AGCUUACUGAUGAUGAAUCGAAAGGAAAUGGGGAAUAUUUGUUGGUCGAAUUGGUUGAUGAAGGACAAGGCGUAGGUGAUGUAAGGAAUCUAGGGAAAAGAAAAUACGUUGAUCAAAAAGCGGUUGAGACACCCAAUAAAAGAGGAAGGUCACAAAAAGUGUUAGAAGACGAUGAGACCAAUGGUGCUGCGAAAGCUAAUGGCAGAGAAUAUGGAUUUACUGAAUUUCGGGCCUGA